AUGACAGAAUUAUAUAAGAGACUUACUACAAGACUGAAAAGCAUAAUACCUAGUAUAAUUCUUAUGUAUUACAUUUUAGAUCGACACAAUUUGAUUUCAAAAAAUGAAAACACAAAAAUAUUUUUUGUAUUAAAUUUAGUAAUAAAAAUAAUUAAUGAUAUUAAACAUAAUAGUAAAUCAGAUAGACUUUUCAAACAAUUUUGUAUUGGUAGGAAUGAAUUUUUUAUAAGACUUCUUUAUAAUACAGAAAUAAGAUGA